AUGGUUCUGUGUGAUCCAGGUGAGGCCUUCCUGGUCCCUGCCCCCUUUAGUUCCUGCCUGUACAGGAAGGUUGAGUUGAUUCCUGUCCACCUGGAGAGUGACAUCACUGUUACCAACACCCAUCCUUUCCAGCUCACUGUGAACAACUUAGAGGAAGCCCUGCUUGAAGCCAGGCUUGAGCAGAAAAAGGUCCAAGGCCUUGUACUAAUCAACCUUCAGAAUCCUGUGGGUGACAUCUACUCUCCAAACUUGCUAAUGGAAUACCUGGAAUUUGCCAGGAGGUAUGACCUACAUGUGAUCAUAGAUGAGAUUUACAUGCUCGCUGUGUUUGAUGCAUCCAUCACAUUCCACAGUGUCCUGAGCAUGAAAACUUUGCCUGAUCACAAUAGGACCCAUGUGAUCUGGGACGCCAGUAAGGAUUUUGGCAUCUCUGGCUUCCUCUUUGGUGCUCUGUACACCCACAACAAGGAGGUGGCCUCUGCUGUGAUCACCUUCGACUACCUCCAUAGUAUAUCUGGCAUCGCCCAGCACAAGGUGUGUCAGCUGCUCCAGAACACAGAAUGGGUUGACAAAGUGUACCUGCCCACCAAUUGUUACCAGCUCUGGGAAGCUCACAAGUACAUCACUGCCAAGCUGAAGGCAUUGGGGAUCCCCUUUCACAACUGCAGCUCUGGCCUCUAUGUCUGGAUCAACUUGAAAAAGAACCUGGAUCCCUGUACAUCUGAAGAAGAACAGCUCCUCUCACAAGCUCCUGUUAUCCUGUGGCAAAGCUUACAUGCAUAA